UAUAGGAGUUUGUUAGCCAAAACGUUUGCAUCAAUCGCUGGUGCAAGGUCUGUCCAAACUCUCCCACUCUCUAACGGAAAACACUUCCCCACCAUAUAUUCUUCUCUCUCUCUCUCUCGUCUUCGUUCUUCGUUCUUGCUUUCUUCUUCGCUCUUAUCUCUCUCGCUUCACUUGCACAGUUUCUAGCUAGCUGGCAGAAGGAGAUAAGAUCGAUUCUGCAGAAGAGGAAGAGGAGGAGGAGGAGGAAGAAGACAAAUUAAAGGAUCAUAUACUUUAAACCCUAAUUAAUAACUAUUAGGGUUUGAUUCCUCGGUUCUGUAGUUUGUUUCUGGUUUUGUAGUUAGGGAGAUAAUAAUAUGUGUAGUAGAGGCCAUUGGAGGCCGGCCGAGGAUGAGAAGCUUCGAGAGUUGGUGGAGCGUUAUGGACCUCAUAAUUGGAACGCCAUAGCUGAAAAGCUUCGAGGAAGAUCAGGGAAGAGCUGCAGGUUGAGGUGGUUCAAUCAGCUGGACCCAAGAAUUAAUAGGAGUCCAUUCACAGAGGAAGAAGAAGAGAGGCUUCUGGCUUCUCACAGGAUCCACGGAAACAGAUGGGCUGUGAUUGCGAGGCUUUUUCCAGGACGAACUGAUAAUGCUGUCAAGAAUCACUGGCACGUCAUGAUGGCUAGGAUUCGCCGAGAAAGGUCCAAGCUUUAUGCAAAACGGCCUCAUCAUCAUCAGCUCACCACAUCACAGUGUUCUCCACUGCGAUCAGAUCCUCCUAAUACUGAUGAUCAUGAUCAGGAUCAUCAUCAUCAUCAUCAUCGCUCAAGCUAUGAUACAAUUCUUAGGACGACGACCAGUCCUGCUGCUAGUCUUGUUCCUGCUUUUGUUGAGAAAUACUAUGACAAGCUUGCUUUGCCAUCAGCUUAUUGUCUCCCUUAUAACCCUUUCCUUCAAUUUCCCAGAAAGUUUGAUCAUCACUUUCAAAAUCCAGCUUCCUCUUCAUCAAAAACUUCAUGGAGUAACAUACAUCCAAAUCCGCAGAACACUGAUACAGUGUUUAAUAAAAGUCAUCAAUCAGUUGAGUUCUAUGACUUUCUUCAAGUAAACACUGAUUCUAACAACAGAAGCGAGGUAACAGACAACGCCAGAAGAGAAGACGAGGAAGUGAAUCAAGAUAGUGAACAUAAUGUUAGAGGACGACAGAGAAAAGACAGGACUACUGCUGGUGGUAGUGGUGUUCCGUUUAUCGAUUUUUUAUCUGUUAAUGGAAGCUCCCAACACAAGUUCGAUC